AUGCUUCUUAUGGUGGGUGCCCAUUAUUUUGAGGAGGGGAAUGUGCAGCUAGACGCUAAACAUGAAUGCAAAGAUUCAACUAUCAUUCAGGCUGCUGAAGAAUCUGCAAUUAGCAUAGCCAGCAUCAUCCGCCACCAUGAGACAGAAUACUUGUCAUCUCUUGAGGCAUCCUACUCAAACUUGCCAGAUACCACUUUCAAGGACCUCCGAAGAAAGCUUCCAGUUACUCGAACCCUAUUUCCCUGGCACAACACCAUGCAGUUUAGCUUGACGAGAGACAUCAGCAAAGAACUUGGCAUUGGAAAGUGAAUCUGCAGCGUGAGAUUUGUUUACUUAAAGGAAUUCUUCAUAGACGGCGUGUUCUUGAGCCCAUUUGUAUCUUGAUUUUUUAAUCAUUAUUAGCGCUGAUGGCCGCUUUUCCUCCCUACCUCUCAAGUCGUUGGCCUCGCAAACUGUCAUCGGUUGAAGGAGCUUCUUUCUGUCUCAGUUUUGGUGCAUUGUAUUCUAUUGUCAAAUUUCGGGUUGGUGUAAAGCAGUGAAUUGUUCUGGCUGUGUUUUUUCUUCUUUUUUUUUCUUUUAAUUUUAUUCCUUAUAAGAAAAGAAAAAUUGGAAUUGGAAGAUAGUGAGAAGUUUGUAAUGGAUGAUAAAGUGGCUUAAAAAGUCUGCUGUUCUUUAAUUGGCAUUUGUUACAACUUACAAGUG